UCUUCUUUGUGCAUGUGAAGCAAAAGUUUAAGAAAUAAAUAAAAUGGGUUGCGGAGGAUCCAAGCUGGGGCCGGAACAGGAGGCCAGGCUCCGACCGAUCCUCCGCCGGCGGCUCGAAGAGUUCAUAGCCAGGAGGAAUGCUGGCCUCUCCAAGAAGCAGCUCCUUGCCGCUGAUGGUGCCGUUUCUCGUGAUUCCGAAGGAGAAGAUAAUGAAGAAGAAAUUACUAAAGAUGAUACGCCGCCACCGCCUCCACCACCACCAAUGCCGCCUCCGGUUUCGCCACCUCAUGGUUUAAAUAAUGAUCAUGUUUUUCUUCGUACACAAGAUAUUCCUCCUGUGCCUCAAAUUAUUACUCCUACUAUAGAUAAUAAUACUAUUAAUAAUGAUGAAUUAGUAAGUGGGAAUUAUGUUAAGGGAGAAAAUACUCAUGUUGGUGAAGAAAAAAUUUCAAAUGAUAUAGAUACAUCUAAGGGAUCAUUACAAGGAGAAGAGGAUGAAUGCGUUGAUAACCUAGACAACCUUGACAUCUAUGGUUCUCCUAGCUUCCGAGUUUAUUGUGUACAAUCUCUCGAUGAAGAGCUUGAAGAUAUUGCUGGACAUCUUGAAUCUGAAGAAUGCAUUAAUGAAGUUGAUAAAAAUGGCUUACGUCGGGAAUCAUCUGAUUCAAAUGAGGUGAUGGUGGAGAAACACACAUUGAAGAAGAAUAGAAGAGGGAGGAAAUUUAAAAGGAUAAUGAUCCCAAAAAGAGGGAAAAAUAUAUUUCAUAACAUGCCUUCAUUUUAUAACUUUCCUUGUAACUCCAACAAUUCUCAUCUCAUGGAACAAGCAGCGGCAUAAUAAAAUAUUACAAUAACGAUUUCUUCUUAGGAAAGAGCUUCUAAAUUUAGGGGUGAGAAAAAAGGGAGAAAGGGUGCUUUUUUUCCAAUAUUUUUUAUAUUUUCUUUUUGUGUGUAGGAGAUGAGAAAGAAAGUAUUAUUAGCAAAAUUUUCACUUAAUUUCAUGUUCGAUAAUCCGUUUGUAGGAAGUAAGUGCAUAUUUUGCUUGGAUAAGCAGAAAAUUAUAAUAUAUUCUCAUCUUUGAGGUUCAUAUAUAUAUAUAAAAGAGUGUUCAUCUAGAAACUAGUUUGGGUGGUGCAUGUAAAUUGUGAGCAAUCCACACUUAUGUAGAAGCUAGUUUCCGAGCAUAUACAUGCUAAUGAGAUGCGGUUGAUCCAAAAUUAAUGUAGAAGCCCUUGACUGAUGCCGAGACUUGGUGUACAAGUUCAUUAGA